GCUGUGAGUGUGAUCGCAGACGAGCGAGCGAGCGAGCGAGCGAGAGAGAUGGUGGGCGGAGUGUUUUGGGGGACAAGAGUGCUGGAGAUAGUGAAGAAGCACGACUCGGGAGGACUGGUAUGGAAGAGGAUAAAGCUCACCACCACCAGGAAGGCCAACGCCAAGAAGCGCCUUCACAGGGUGUGGCAGAAUGAGGCUGUCUUGAAGGCUUGUGCUGAACCAUCUCCUUCAUCAGAUGGUGCCGCUGGAGUUGCAGAGAAAGAUAGCCAAAACACCAAAUCCUAGUGGAAAUACAGUGAGU